AUGACGGACAACCUUUCUCAGGACCUCUCUUGGAUCAGAUCUCUCCUGAAUACCCCCGACCUGACGAUUCCACCUCUGGAUAGACAUGGCGACACCCCCAAGCUCCCGCUUGCUACCGAUCAAUAUAGCCCCAAGACUCCAAUUCCCACAUCCAGCCAUCUUAAAUCAACAGCAUCACACGCACCUCAGUUAAAUUCAUGCAACUGCUUCCAACAACUGACCGAACAACUUUCAAAUUUCAAAGCGCUCAGUCACUCCCUUGGUCAGUUACGAUCGGAUUUUAUUCUCACACUAGCUAGAGACGCACUAGCAAGGUGGCAGACACAUCUAAGCUGCCCUAGCUGCCAACAUAACGAAGAUAAGGACAUUCUUAUAUUGUCAGUCAUGGCUCUUCGUGCUCUUUUGAACUUGGUCAAGGAGGUUGGUCAACAUGAGCUUCAAUCACCACAUCAUGCCACUGGUGAUGAAGAUAUCGGCGUGUCUUCGGAAUUAUUUGACGCUGAUCACUCUUGUCUUGGCACAUAUCGGCUUGCUUGCGAGGAGAGGCGCAUAGUUGUGGAUCUUCUUCUGCAUCGAACACUUAGAAGUCUUAACCAGACAACUGAGCAUCUGAGACAGAAGAGCUUAAGAAUGGCAGGAAGCUACGCUAGGAGAAACACAACAUCAAAUUUAUCUUCUCGAUCCGAAAGCUCCGUCUCUCUUCCCGCCAUGAGUUCUUCCGUCUCUUGCAUUCUCCCUGAUGAUCUGAGCAUCGACGGGGGAGCGCAUGACGUCGGUUUGAAAAGAGACAAAGUGUCCUUAGAUGAGCACGAUAAUUACUUACAGGAAUCUUUGCAAGGAUCAACAGCGACUAUUGAGUUUCUUCUGGUUAAGCUCCAAUCCCAUGAUAUGAACCAAAGAACUGACAACUCUGAGAUCUUUGGAUUUUGA